GGCUGCUUACAUGCUGCCGUAGUGGGAGCCGUUCGCCGCAACCCCGCACUUACACACAGACGGAUAUUUUACCGCCGCCGCCGCCGCCGCCACCUUCCGAGGGGGAAUACGUUAUUACCGGCACAUCCAUGUACUUACACCAGGGUAGGGCUCCGCUUCUGCUGGCGGUCUUGGCAGGACUGCAGAUUGCAGCAGAGGGCAGGGGGACCCCUCCGUGCAGGCCAGGGUUCUCUGAAGAUGUUUACAAUGCAGUGGUACCAGAUAUCACAGAGGAAGGACAACCCCUUUUCAAUGUGAGGUUCGUGGACUGCGGCCAAGGCGGACGCGUGCGGCUCGAGUGCAGCGAGCCGUCCGACUUCCGGAUAGACGCCGACGGCUGGGUGUACGCUGCCAGGAGGCUCGAGCUCGCCGGCCCCCGCGCGUCCCCGCUGGUGAUCAGGGCUCAAGACGGCGCCACCCAGCGGCAAUGGGAGACCAGCGUCAGGCUGACGAUACCCACAGACUCCAUCCAACAGGUCCCGGAUGCUGCAGGCCGUCCCUUCAAGUCCACGGGUUUGAAGGAAAUUGUGUUCCCACCACGGCAUACCGACAGCCAGCUCAAACGCAUGAAGAGAGACUGGGUCAUCCCCCCAAUCAACGUGCCGGAGAACUCCCGAGGCCCCUUCCCACAGGAGCUCGUCCGGAUCCGAUCGGACCAUGACAAGAAUCGCUCCCUGAGGUACAGUGUGACCGGCCCUGGUGCCGACCAGCCUCCCACCGGCAUCUUCAUCAUCAACCCCAUCUCUGGAGAGCUGUCGGUCAACAAGCCCCUGGACAGAGAGCACAUCUCCAACUUCCACCUGAGAGCUCAUGCGGUGGACCUGAACGGCAACCAAGUGGAAAACCCCAUCGACAUUGUGAUCAAUGUAAUCGACAUGAACGACAACAGACCAGAGUUUGCCCAUCAGAUCUGGAAUGGCUCUGUCCCUGAAGGCUCCAAGCCAGGGACGUUUGUUAUGACUGUGACCUCUGUGGACAAGGACGACCCCAAAACGGUUAACGGGAUGCUGCGGUACAAGAUCCUGUCUCAGAACCCCGAGAGUCCAACCUCCAACAUGUUUACAAUCAACAACAAGACCGGAGGCAUCAUAACGGUGGCGGCAGGCCUGGAUCGAGAGAAAGUGCCUCAGUAUACGCUCAUUAUCCAGGCAACUGACAUGGAGGGAAACCCGAUGUACGGCCUCUCCAACACCGCCACCGCUGUCAUCAGAGUCACGGACAUAAACGACAAUCCACCAGAGUUCACUGUCGAGACGUUCUUCGGCGAAGUGCCUGAGAAUCGGGUCAAUGUCAUCGUGUCCAACCUGACAGUCACAGACAAGGACCAGCCCAACACGCCAGCCUGGAACGCUGUCUACAAAAUCACCGGGGGCGACCCCUCCGGCAGGUUCUCUGUGCCCACUGAUCCUACCAGUAAUGAAGGCCUGGUGACUGUUGUCAAGCCUAUUGACUACGAGCUCAGUAGUGCGUACGUGCUGACGGUGGUAGCAGUGAAUGAGGUCCCCCUGGCUCGAGGCAUCCACUCCCCUCGCCAGUCCACUGCCACCGUCUCCGUCAGGGUGAUCGAUGUCAACGAGAGCCCGUACUUUGAGCCCAACCCCAAACUCAUCAAGCUCGAGGAGGGACUGAUGCCGGAGUCAACGCUGACCACCUUCACAGCGCAGGACCCUGACCGUUUCAUGCAGCAGUCCAUCAGAUACUCGAAACUCUCAGAUCCUGCCAACUGGUUAAGGAUCAACCCCAGCACCGGUCGCAUCACAACGAUCGCUGUUCUGGACCGAGAGUCACCGUAUGUGAAAAACAGUUUGUACAACGCAACCUUCUUGGCUUCGGAUAACGGUGUUCCCCCAGCAAGCGGCACCGGUACUCUCCAGAUCUUCCUACUGGAUAUCAACGACAACGCUCCACGCAUAUUCCCCCAGGAGACGGAGGUGUGUGAGAAGCCAGAACCCAAUGCCAUCAAUAUCACAGCGCUGGACGGAGACCUGAACCCCAACGCCGGGCCGUUUGCCUUUGAGUUGGCCCACAAGCCAUCGGACGUCAGGAGAAACUGGACCAUCACAAGACUCAGUGGCGACUACGCCCAGCUGAGCCUGAAGAUCGGCUUCCUGGAAAGCGGCAUCUACGAGCUGCCCAUCAUUAUCACAGACUCGGGCAACCUGCCCAUGUCCAACACCUCCUACCUGCGGGUCAAGGUGUGCCAGUGCAACAUCCACGGAGACUGCACCGACCAGCAGCACAUCAUCGCCGCCGGCCUGGGCACGGGCGCCAUCAUCUCCAUCCUCCUCUGCAUUAUCAUCCUCCUCAUCCUAGUACUGCUGUUUGUGGUGUGGAUGAAGCGCCGCGAUAAAGAGCGUCAGGCCAAGCAGCUUCUCAUCGACCCUGAGGAUGAUGUUCGAGACAACAUUCUCAAGUAUGAUGAAGAAGGUGGAGGAGAGGAGGAUCAGGAUUAUGACCUGAGCCAGCUCCAGCAGCCCGACACAAUAGAGCCUGACACCAUCAAGCCCGUAGGAAUCCGCCGCAUGGACGAGAGACCCCUCCACCCUGAGCCACAGUACCCCAUGAGGUCAGCAGCACCCCACCCUGGAGACAUCGGAGACUUCAUUAAUGAGGGACUGAAGGCAGCGGACAACGACCCCACCGCCCCCCCCUACGACUCCCUGCUGGUGUUCGACUACGAGGGCAGCGGCUCCACGGCCGGCUCCCUCAGCUCGCUCAACUCCUCCAGCAGCGGCGGGGACCAGGACUACGACUACCUGAACGACUGGGGCCCCCGCUUCCGGAAACUGGCGGACAUGUACGGCGGGAACGACGACUAGGAAGUCCCCCACCUCACACACACACACACACACACUAACACACACACACACACACACACACACACAAAACACAGACACACACACUACACACACACACACAAACCCUAAACCCCUGGAGAAUGAGGCAAAAGAAAAUGUAAAAAAAACAAAAAAAAAUGAUGAAGAAGAAGGAAAAAGUUCUUUAUUUCCUGUCGAUGGACGUGGACAGCUUCUGAUAGUACCGAUACUCCCCGGCCGAGCGGUGGAACAUCGACCCAGAACCGGUAAAAAAAAAAUAAACAUGAUUCCGAAAUUUUUCAACCAACCUAGGCUUAUUGUUGUAGUCCACGCACACAUAUGCUUGUCGAAGGCUUAGGCGGGAGGCCGCGGCCCGGCCGCGGAGGCGAGACGGGAGGCGAGACGGGAGGGGGACACUUGGUGGACUGUCACCGUUUUCGGGAUUGUUGAUAUUGAACGCGCUCAGUUACACUUGAAUUUCACAGUACAGAAGCACUGGGAUAUAAUGUGCCUUUUUGUACAUUUUUUUGGAUCUGAAUGAUUAGUUUUAUGUUCAAGGCUUUAAUGGUACUGACUUUUGGAGUGAUUUCAAACAUAAAGUAUGUUACACUAUGGUAUGCUUCUCCAUGCUUUUUUCUCUUUGGUUACACGAAUACUGCUGUUUGUUGGGAAUUAUUUAAAUACAGGGAUGAUGAAGGAUCCUUUGUUAGCCUGGAUGGGAGGAAGGAUGAAGAGCAGCACUGUACAGUAUGCUAGACUUCUAGACUUUUUUCACUAAAAAAAAUUAAAACUUAUGCAGCUGGUUGCAAAUAAAGGGAGUCAUGAAUCAUACUUUUGUAGCAGAUUUUCUUUUCUUCUUUCUUUCUGAAGUGGUUGUAGUGUUUUUCAAAAACGAGAACUGUUUCGGUCUAAUCAUGUACACUUCAUUUGCCUUAGUCAUCAUCUGAUAUUUUCAACUUUUACUCCACUGUAAAAAGAUGUGUGUACAUAAUGUUUUUUUUUUCUCUCUUUCUUUUUUUUUUUUGAUGUAGUAUAUGAAGAAGUGCAAAAGGUUCCAAACUUGUAAAUGUAUAAUUUGGACUACAAAAAUUCAAGUUUUUUGCAUGUUUUUAUCUUUUCACGACACAAAUGGAAGAAAAAAAAAAAUGUUGUUUCCAAAAUUUAUUUACAAAGUGAAAACAAUAAAAAAUCCGGGUGACAUUAAAUGUGUAGAAGUUAACGAGUUUUUUUGUAUAAAAAGAGGAAAAAAAAAAAGAAAUAAAAAACGUCUUUAAAGAAAUAGUGAUCUUGUCAGCACAACUGGUUGAAUUUGUACCAAAAAGGGUGGGUGGGCCGGUAGGACACGGUGGGCACUAAACCCGACCAGCUUUAAGACGGAGAACAGGUUUUGGACUUGAGCCUUGUUGGAUAAUCGCACUGGAAUACAAAUUAUACAUCUCUGACCCCUACCAUCCAAAUAAAAUGCUAA